UCCAAAUAAAGCUAGUAUUAGUAGGUCCAAUUGCUAGCUUAAAUGGACCAUAAUCCACAAAGAAUCCGAUGACAAGAAUCACUUCUGGUGAGGAGGAAAGGAAAAGCAAACCCAAUUGGUAGGAUUUUGAGAGAGAAAAUUAGGAUGCCGGUGAACAUGAUUGAGGAAGGUGAUCGAUCGCCUCGGAUUAUAUUGAUUGAGCCCACUGGUUCAACAGCUGAGGUGCUUCUAUAUGGUGCACAAGUUAUCUCUUGGAAGAAUGAACGAAGAGAAGAGUUGCUUUUCAGGAGCAAUAAGGCUUUAUCGAAACCACCUAAGUCCAUCAGGGGCGGUAUUCCCAUUUGCUUUCCCCAGUUUUACAACUUUGGUUCACUGGAGCAACAUGGAUUUGCAAGGAAUAGACUAUGGUCAUUAGAUGAUUCCCCUUUGCCUUUGUCCCCAGCUAAUAAUCACUCUACUGUGGAUCUUAUUCUGAAAUCCACAGAAGAGGAUUUGAAGACUUGGCCACACAGAUUUGAGUUGCGGUUACGAGUUUCUCUGAGUACCAACAAGCUCACCUUGAUUCCUCGAGUGCGAAAUACUGAUAGCAAGGCCUUUUCAUUCACAUUUGCUUUGUGUAAUUACCUAUCUGUAUCUGAUAUCAGUGAAGUACGUGUGGAGGGCUUGGAGACACUUGACUACCUCGAUAAUUUGUUGCAGAAAGGAAGAUAUACAGAGCAGGCAGAUGCAAUUACCUUUGACGGCGAGAUUGAUAGGGUGUAUUUGAGCACACCAACAAAGAUAGCCAUAAUAGACCAUGAGAAGAAGAGAACCUAUGUACUGCGUAAAGAAGGAAUGCCAGAUGCAGCUGCAAUUUGUUUGACCAUGAUGUGCAGUUGUAUGGAACCCUUGGGACAAAAAAGCAAAGGCUCUUCCAGAUUUAGCUGAUGAGGACUACAAAACUAUGUUAUGUGUAGAUUCUGCUGCUAUUGAAACCGCAGUCAUCUUGAAACCCUCUGAAGAGUGGAAGGGCCGUCAAGAGCUGUCAACUGUGUCCUCGAGUUACUGCAGUGGACAAUUGGAUCCUCGAAAAGUCCUUCAUGGCAUCAGCUGAUCAUACUGAGUUCAGCAUUGUGAGUUAUGUAUAAUAUUAGUCAUUUUGUUUUAUAUGCAAAUGAUAGUAGGAAAAUGCAAAGUUUGUUCAGUGAGCUUCUUAAUUUUUCAUUUAGCGAUUAUGAGGAUAUGCCAUAUGAUUUCCGUAUUUAACUUGAAAAAGAAAAGUAUUUCAUGGCAUCAGCUGAUCAUACUGAGUUCAGCAUUGUGAGUUAUGUAUAAUAUUAGUCAUUUUGUUUUAUAUUCAAAUGAUAGUAGGAAAAUGCAAAGUUUAUUCA